AUGGUAGGUUUUCUCUCACUUAUAUACAAGAAGAAUGAAAUGAAGGCUUUAAUGUACGACGUCGCUGAGGUGUGGCCGACGGAUCUUGGUGGCAACAAAAUCAAGGAAGAAAUUAAGAAAAAUUGGCUAAGGCCUAAUGCUGUAGUGUUUUUGUUAUCAAUUGUCGCUUUUUACACCCCUGCAUUGAUUCUAACGCUGUACGACCAAUACGCGAAUGAUGGAACCGUUUUUGUAUUUCCGUUCAAAAUGUAUUACUUUUGCCAAAAUAACACGACACUCUACUCGUAUCUACUAGUUUUUGUCUUUGAAAUAAUUUUCAGUACAUGUUUACACAUGCUCGUGCAUGCACCAUGUAAUCUUAUGUUAACCAUCCUAACCUGUAAUAUUAGUAUGAUGAUGCGUUGGCUACAAAUUGAUCUAGAGAAUGUUCUGGAAGUCAGCGAUGGAAGAGCAGUCUUUGACGAGGAUAAACUUAAGAAUAUUGUUAAAGUUCAUCAAAAACUUUUGAGACUCUGCGAGAAAUUGAACGAAUGUUUCGGUAUAGCAAUAUUCGUAUCAGUGGUUUCUUCCUCACUUAUUAUUGGUUUCCUUGCAUUCUUGACUUUGGCAAUAGAUAAGAAAUACAUAGUGGCUACAUUUGUCAUUAGCUUUGAAAUGUUAAACUUGUCCUGGCCUGGGCAGUUGCUUGCAGAUAUGAGUUACGACAUAGCAGAGGCUGCUUACAGAACUCAAUGGUAUGACGCCGACUUAAAAUUCAAGAAAUUCAUCUACAUUAUUAUUCUGAGGUCUCAAAAGCCUGCCCAAUUGAGUGUAUUGGGAUUUACAAACUUGACACUUAGGGUAUUUGCAAAAGUUUUAAGUUCUGCAUGGUCGUAUCUCUCCAUUUUGAAUUGUGCAUAUGCGUCUCGAAAUUAA